CCCAGGGCAGAGCUACAUCGUGCCCCUUCUCUGGCAGCCUCUCACAGCGUGACACGCCUUCCACCAAACCCCCCCCCCCCCCCCCUUCUCCUUCGCGACCUUCGCGAGGCGCCCCAUGCCCACACGCCAACGCGAACAACCUACAGCAACCAACAACGACACCAGCAGCAGGCACCCGCGAGAGCAGAGCGUCCCCAGCCAUCCCUGCCGCCAUCCACACGACUUUGCGCUGCAGGCGGCGGGCCGUCCUCGAACGCGCGUUCUCUUGACUGCACGGCUCGCGGUCCAGCCCAUCGCAAGGUUCAUAACUGCCGUCCAUACUGCUGCUACGCACGCAUGGACUAUGUCCUCUGGACAGGGAGAGGACCAUCUCGGCCGGUGCCUGCGCGAUGCCGUGCGCCCCAUGACACAUACAUAGCACAACAACUUCACUGCCGAUGGAGGGACGACCACUCACCUCCCUGUCUCUCACGUUGCCUGCAUAUGCUAUUCCCCUCAUGAAGGGGGAUGGAUGAGGUAUCCCCGCGCUUUGGACCCGAUGCACUCUGCUUGACGGUGUAGGGCCUGGCACCUCUCUCUCUCCCCCCCUCUCUCUCUCUGUCGUCCCCUCGCAUGCUCCCGCGGCCCGCCACUCUUUGGCCCCAACGAGGCCAGAGCUACUCAUACGGUGCAGGUCACGCGCCGGGGGGCCCUGUGUCAUGGCCCCGGGUUCCUGCGCAUGUCUCCAUCAACAGCCGGCUUUCCGGGCGGGGAAGGGCGGCGUGCCCUCGCCAAUCCUUUGCGAGUUGUCGCCCGCCUCGUCUCCAAAGGCGGUGUCCAUAGGUAGGUAGCAGGACUAUCCGCUAUCAGGCCCCCUUUCUUUGGGCCUGCCUGGCCUUGCUUGGUCGGUGAUGCUGGUGGGCAUGGGGCGGUUGGUUUCUCCCACCGCGGUCGCCCAUAAAGCUACUACUAAUAAAGUAUCUGCACCUGUCCAGCA